AUGGAUAAAGCACGCAAAACAGCAGCUGCUAUUAGCAGACUUAUGCCGAACGUUGGGGGUGCUGGGCAUUUUGAGAGACGAGUACUUUAUACGGCGGUGGAAGCGCAACUACUAUACGGAGUGCAAGUGUGGAGUGGUGUAAUGGGGUGGAAGAAGUAUAAGGAGGAGCUUAUAGCAGUACAAAGAAAGAUGGCGCUUCGCGUCAUCUCAGUGUAUCGAACAGUGUCAACGGCGGCAUCACUAGUACUAGCCAGCAUAUCUCUGAUCGACCUGGUAGGAGAGGAAAGAAUGAAAUCAUAUGAAAAAAUGAAGAAUGUGACACCAGAAGCCCGGAAGAAGGCGAGAGUGGAAGUUGGGAAAGAGGAGAAGGCCAAUGUGAUGAAAAGAUGGCAGCAACGUUGA